AUGGAGCUGGAUCUGAACGUGGAGGAGAAGCCGGCGGCGGUGGCGCGGAGCGACUCCGGGACGUCGGAGUCGUCGGUGCUGAACGCGGAGGCGUCCUGCGGCGGGGGCGCCGCGCCGGCCGAGGAGGCCUCCAGCUCGACGCGCCAGCCGGCGCCGGCGCCGCGGGCGGUGCUCGAGUUCAGCAUCCUGAGGAGCUCGGCGUCCGCCGAGGGCGAGAACGACGUCGGCGCCGACGACGACGAGGAGGAGGCCACUCCCUCGCCUCCACCUCCGCCGCCGCGGCACUACCACCAGCACCUGCUGCAGCCGCAACAACUCGUCACCCAAGAGCUGUUCCCCGCCGCGGCCACCGCCGGCGGUCCGCCGCCGAUGUCCGUGCCGCAGCAUUGGGCCGAGCUCGGCUUCUUCCGCCCCGCGGCGCCGCCUCCGGACAUGAGGAUCCUGCAGAUGCAGCAGCAGCAGCUGCAGGUGCACGCGCAGCCCCCGCCGCCGCCGGCGGCCCAGCCGCCGGUGGCCAAGAAGAGCCGCCGCGGCCCGCGCUCCCGCAGCUCGCAGUACCGCGGCGUGACCUUCUACCGCCGCACCGGCCGCUGGGAAUCCCAUAUCUGGGAUUGCGGCAAGCAGGUGUACUUGGGUGGAUUUGACACUGCACAUGCUGCUGCAAGGGCGUACGAUCGAGCGGCGAUCAAGUUCCGUGGCGUCGACGCCGACAUAAACUUCAACCUCAGCGACUACGAGGACGACAUGAAGCAGAUGAAGGGCCUGUCCAAGGAGGAGUUCGUGCACGUGCUGCGGCGGCAGAGCACCGGCUUCUCGCGGGGCAGCUCCAAGUACAGAGGCGUCACCCUGCACAAGUGCGGCCGGUGGGAGGCGCGCAUGGGCCAGUUCCUCGGCAAGAAGUACAUAUAUCUUGGGCUAUUCGACAAUGAAGUAGAGGCUGCAAGGGCUUACGACAAGGCGGCGAUCAAAUGCAACGGUAGGGAGGCCGUGACGAACUUCGAGCCGAGCACCUAUGAUGCGGAGCUGCUCAGUGAGGUUGCUGCUGAAGGCGCAGAUGUCGACCUCAACUUGAGCAUAUCUCAACCAACUUCACAAAGUCCCAAAAGGGAUAAGAGCAGCCUUGGCCUGCAACUCCACCAUGGAUCAUAUGAAGGCUCUGAACUAAAGAGACCAAAGGUCGAUGCGCCCCCUGAGAUGGUCGCAAUCCCUCAUCGAUACCCCCUUCUGACCGAGCAUCCACCAAUCUGGCAUGGCCAAUCAUAUCCCAUCUUUUUAAAUAAUGAGGAUGCAGCCAGAGAUCAUAGCAGGAGGCCAGAGGUGGCCACAGGGGGUGUUCCAACCUGGGCAUGGAGGGUGAGCCACCCUCCUCCAACACAACCCAUGCCACUCUUCUCGUCGUCAUCGUCCGCUGCAGCAUCAUCAGGAUUCUCCAAAACCGCCGCGGCAGCUGCCCCCGGCGCCCCAUCGGCCUCAUUCCGGUUCGACCCGAUGGCGCCAUCAUCAUCGUCAAGCAACCAACACCACCACCACCCCCGCUGA